AUACAUAAAUAAUAUUCUUACCUUUAAAUUUGAUAAUACAUUAUUUCUAUCUAAUAGUAAAGCUAACAUCACCAAAUUGAUUUUUUAUGAACGCCAAUUUAAUAUGAUGUCCAUUUGAAAAACAUAGUUAACACAUAGGGCUGUGUCUUCCUUAAACUAAAAUACAGCUUUGUGUUAUAAUUUUUUUUUUUUUUUACAGAUUUAUGUCUACUACAUUUAAUAAGAAUCCAAAUUAUUGGGAUACUUUGGCUUUAAAUGAACUGUAUAAAACUACUUACAGCUAUAAAAAUAUGAAUAUAAUAAAAUGUGUUAGUAGAUAUAACGCUGCAUUGUCAAUAGUUGAUACAGAUGAGAUGUGGGAUAAGUAUUUAACCACUAUGAUCAAAAUAAUAUCUGAUGCUGGUAUUACAGAAAUGUAUAAAAUUUGUUUAAUUAAAGAAUCUAUACACUGUGCUCACAAGAAAAAUAAAUUGAAACCAAAUCAUUAUAUUCGUUUGAUAAAUAAUUCAAAAGGUUCAAUGACCCUGGACAUUAUAGAUUGGGCCAUCGAAGCAUAUCCAAAUGACAUGGGUAUCUUAGAAGUGAAUAUAAAAUUUAAGCUAACAGAUAAAGAUGAUCUUAUUGCUUACGAGUUAUUUAAAGCAAAUGCUAAUAAAGUUUCAUCCGCAAUGUGGCUUAUAAUAAUUCAAUAUUUUUCAAAUAGACCACAGAUAAGGCAUAUUUUCAACAUGGCAUUUGGAGAUAAAUCUGUGUGUUCUAACAAAGUAAAAAAAAAGCUUGCAAAUGAGUAUUUGUUGUGGUUAAGCAAAAAUAAGUCUUUGAAUCAUGCUCGAAAUGCAUACUUGUUGUUAAACACAAACAACAGUUGUGAUGCAAGUCUGUGCAAGACUUUGGUAACUCUAGAAACCGGACAACAGAUAAUAGACGUCAGCAAGAUUAGACAGCAUUUUACAUUAGCAUGCAUGCAGUUUGGUAAAACCGAUAUCGAUUUGUGGAUAGAACGAAUUAACUUUGAGCUAAAGUAUGGGUCACCAAAACUUGUUUCCACAACAUAUCACCAAGCGUUGACAACAUUGAAUAAUGCGGAGUCUGGUCAAUUUGCUGAAAUACUGAAGGCGAAUUCUACGUUAAAUACAAUUUGUAACCCUUGAUAAUAACAUAAUAAUAUUUUAAUAUUUACAUUUCAGGAUUAUAUAAAAUAUACAUUAUUAGGUAUAGUCUGAAGUCUUAAGGCCAUUUAUUCAAAAUAAUUAUAUUUUUAAGCGUUGCUAUGAAACUCUUUUAUGAAUAUCAUUAUCUAUUAUUUGUAAUCCUUUGGAUCUUUCUUCAAUAGUACUGUUUGUACUAUUAAAUCUAUCUGUUAAAAUAUUAUUACCUAAUUAUAAUGGUGUUAAAAUGUUUAAAAAUUGCAAAAUUUAUUGAACGAGUCAAAUUUCUUUUUAGUAUGUUUGGAUAUUUUUUCUUUACUGGUAUAAAAUUAUUUUGCUUCACACACUCAUUAUAUUCAAGUAUAAGGAAUAUAAUUUCCUCUUCGGAUAUUAUUUUACUGUAUCCUUAAAAAAUAUAAACCUUAACAUA